AGUGGAACUGACAUGCAGACAGAAUGAAUUGACGUUAUCUUUCCAUGGAGCUUCCACAGACAAAUAGCCGUUGGCCGCCUAGAACGCGCAGGAGGUCCCGUAUUCCUUCUUCGUGUUGUCCUCCGAUAUGCAGCUGAGACGGCCGUGUACGAAAAACUAACGCAUUGAAGAUUAUAGUUGCAGACGACUCACUAGUCGUCUCGCUCAUUGAUAGAACUACUAAAGAGGGCGUUCGGCGGGAAUCGCUACCUUCAUAGAUUUGUGUCCGGAGUACGUGCAUUUCCAUGUAUGCUCGUAGGUAUUCUGUUGCCAAUCUGAACUGACCAAGAAUGUCGGCGCUGUCCAAGAACACUAUCCUCUCUGCGUCGAGGCGCUCCAGUGGUAUUCUGGAAGACGCAGAUGCUUCUAAUCCAGGUUCAGGCGAAUUACAGGGGCUUGACAAGAAACUGAACGCGAUACCGAGCAGCCUCCCGUCCAGCAGCUCGCCUUUGUUAGGAGCGCGGGGUUUCAGCGAUGCCCGUGGGCUGCGCAAAACUAGUGCCUAUGUACCAGCCACCAACUCGUUCGGUCUGACUGCUGCUGCAGAUAUCAGAUCUUCUGGUGAAACACGUGUUUCUAAUGCCAUGGACAGUGCAAGUAUUGGCAUCGGCACUGGCAUUGGCGGAAGAAGGCAAUCUGCUCCUGCCUCGGCGUUCCCGACCAAGGCCAGAGGACGCAUCGGCGUAGAGUGCGAGGAAGCCUUGGCGUGGAUCAACAGAACUCUGAAGAAGGCCAACAGCGAGAAGCGUGCUGUUAUCGACGUGCGGAGAGCGUUCGCAGACGGUAUUACUUUGCCCACGGUGCUCCAAGGCCUGAGUGGAUCCCCUAUUCCAGGAGUUCAUGCCAGACCCAUUCUGAGAUUACAACGUGCUGAGAAUCUCAAGGCCUGUCUGCAGUUCAUCACGGACAAGGGCAUUGACACAACCGGCAUCAAACCAGAUGAUCUUGUAAACGGUCAGCUGAAGUCUGUACUAUCCCUGUGUGCCACCAUUAGACAUCAAGAAGAGUUAUUAUUACUACCAGCAGAACCGGCAGCACCAGUUGUUACCAAUUCGGAGGAAGCGCCAUCCAAGAUGGAGGUUGUAUCAGAUCAUGGCCUGCCCAGCCGCCAAGCCAGCACAGAUCAAGUUGCCUUGCCAGGAGUGCCUAUUGAAGAAAGAGAAGAGCAGGAUGAUGUCUCCACACGCAACAGAUCUUCACGUCGUUCUGGAGAGGUCCUCCGACCAGUACGUCAGUCUGCUGACAUGUCCCCGACUGAUAGCAGUCAUAGUGCGGAUGUGUCCAUGCGUGGCCAGGGUAACAAUCAAUCAGGCCAACACCAUAGUCACAGUGCCAAUCCUCAGCCAGAUGUGGUCCCUACAAAGAAAACCGGAGAGUCGGUAAACGGGCAUUUCGCACUUUCGGGGCAAAACCGCUCUCCAAACAAGGCCAUGUCCUCACUGGGACGGCGAGGUGUGACAGAGGCAUGGGGUGAUAGGCAAGAGGAGAAGGAUUCAGGCAGUCAUGCUACAGACACCAUCCAGGGAGUUUCCAUGGCAAGCAGCACUAGCAGCAGUGGAAUUGGCAGUACAAGCACUGUUACAAGCAGAGAUUGGAAUGGUCAAGCCGUCAUGCCCAUGAGGGAAAUCCCCGUCAGCACCUCCCACAGCAAGUGUGACAGCAGUAGUGAUAGUGCCUUUGCUUCUGAUGGCACGGUGACAUCACCUACAACUGAGGAAAGCAGUUCCUUAUCCAACCCUGGGUCACUGGACUUUGCAAAGCCACACAGCCAUGGCCCAGAGAUUGGUCGGCGGACAAGAAUGCUGAGUGAUGGCGUUGUGACAUCAAGCAGACGCUCUCCGCAGCCAAUGGCCGACGGCUUCAGGUCCGUGAGUGGCUUAGUGGUUAGAGAUACCAGUGCCAGAUCACCAUUGCCUAACAGCGCAAGCAACCGUGCCAGCCAUGGAGGCAGUCAAUCAUCUACCUUCAGCAUGUCACCUUCCAAGAAUUCUCAAUCCAUUGCGAAGACUCAAUCAGGCAAAGUGGAUGGAGGAAGAGGAGGUUCAUCAUCGUCAGUCUUCUCUGAUUCACCUAAGAAACAAGCUGCCAAUCAACACAGACAAGUAGCUGACCAACAGGACAGGUCACCAUUGUUCAACUCACCCAAGACGUCUGCCUUUGACAGCUCACCAGGCAAGCACAGUACUACAUCAUCUGCUGGUAUGACAUCACCCGUUGCCAUGUCACCAUCGGCAUUCAUAGCUACACCUCCAUCACUGUCAUCCAGCAGUCCUGCCGGUGAUGUACUUCUCAAGCCACAGCCAAGACUAGCUAGUAGCCCAGAUACAGCACAUGGCUCACUCACAGAGGUACAUCAAAGACUUAGUGUGUUGGAAGCCAUGCAAACACAGUGGGAGACAGAGAAGCAUGUCAUGCAACAGCAACUCCACGACCAACGGCGGAUCAUAUCAGCCCUAUACCAACAAGGUCAAGCGUUGAAGAAGAAGUUUUCAAAGGAAAGAAUACAUAUGCACAACACGCUGGAGGGCCAGGACUGUGAGAUGGUGGAACUUGCGAGGUGCAAUGCACAGAUGAACACUCGGCUAACACGACUGGAAUCUGACACCGCCGCACUGCAAACAGCUCACGGUGUUCAAACAUCAGCGGAGAAGCAUGGAAAUCGUAAUGAUGCGGAGGAGAUGCGACAAUCAGAACUGUCAAUGUCCAGCCUGGAAUCGAAUGAACGCUUGACCCUGUCUGUACCAAAAACACCCGGACAUAGCGAAAUCUCCAUAGUACCCACGUCCUCCACGCCGAUCGACAAUGGUGCUGUACCGGCUCAGUCCCAGACCAGCCACAGUAUUGGUGAAAACAACGGAGGACUGAGUGCAGAUGGUAGUUACGAUAAAUCAUACUCGUUUGCCACACCACCGACGUCGGGAGUGAAGAGAUCCGCUGUCAAAGUGAAGAAAUUCUUUGGUCAGGAACCGCCUCACCUCCUACGUCAGUGGCUGAACACACUCGGCUAUGAUGAGCAUAUCCUCCGUAAGUUUGAGAAACACAAAGUUGGAAUGCUUGAGCUGCCCUUUCUCACCGAAACCCAGCUGAAGCAGAUGAAAGUACCCGUAGGACCUCGCAUGAGAAUCCUCCAUGAAAUCCAACAUCUCAAACAGCAGACGUCACAGUGAAUACGGCAUGCCAUCACGGCAUAGCACGAUCAUCAUCUCGCCGAGACAUGUGCUUGAUGUUGAUCCAUGGAUAUUGCUGAUGUAAUACACUUUUCAAAGAUUAAGUUAACAUUUUCAAGAUUGUGUCUUUCCAUUCCGCGACCUCUCUAAGAACCGUGUGACUCCUGAUGGGUUGCAUAAACUGAUUCGCAUCUGAACAUCAGUUGAAUAUUCAAGAUAAGACAUGAUGUUUUUAAGUAUUAGUUGACAAUUCAGUGUACAUACAAACAGUAUACUGGUGCAAGAAUGUGUCGGAUUGAAGAUAUCUUAUAAAGGACUAACUAGUUAUUCAGCAGUUUCAGAUAUAACAGCAACUUGAGGAACUAGCAGUUGAAAUGUGCGGCAGCAGUACACAAGCUGAACAAUCAUCUCAUAGUUAUUAUUAUUGUUUCUAAGUGUACAUGUACAUGUAAUGGCAAGCACAUGACAUGUGUGUAUCAUGAUGGCUGUAUGGUAUGUGUCACAUACUGUAGUGUUUUAGUUGGGUGAAGAUAUGCGUGCAGAUCUUGACAAAUAAUUCUCAUCUACAUGUGUCUCCCUCCUGCGGAAGGCAAGACGUGA